CGAUAUAUGUCGACUGUGAAUGAUGGAUCAGAUAAGAUUGAGUUGAUGUCCGACAUUGCAGAUGUACUUACUGACAAGGCCGUUGAGACCAUAGCUUCUCAGGCUCCUGUUGUUAACGAGGUUGCCAUUGCUGCUGCUGAUUCGUAUUUGCCUGUGAAGUUGCUGCAGUAUGGGAUCGAUGCUGUGCAUACUUAUACCGGGUUAAACUGGUGGGCCGCCAUUGCUUUGGCAACCCUUGUGAUUCGAAGCGCAACAGUUCCGUUCUUAAUCUACCAACUUAAGGCUACAUCUAAGCUUACAUUGCUGAGGCCGCACAUGGAAGCGAUACGGGCUGAGAUGGAAUAUAAGGCUAUGGAUCCGGUAGCUGCAGCUGAAAAUCAAAAGAAGAUGAAGCAGCUGUUUAAGGAAUAUGGUGUGAAUCCGUUUACACCUUUGAUGGGACUCUUUGUUCAAGCUCCUAUCUUUAUUAGCUUUUUUCUUGCGAUAUCAAACAUGGCUGAAAAGGUGCCAUCAUUUAAGCAUGGUGGAACCUACUGGUUUACUGAUCUCACUACUCCAGAUGCUUUAUAUGUUCUUCCUGUUUUGACUGCAUUGUCGUUCUUAAUAACAGUUGAGUGUAAUAUGCAAGAAGGCUUGGAAGGAAAUCCUGUGGCUGGUACCAUGAAAAAUGUCUCUAGGGGUCUUGCUGUUCUUACAGUUCCCUUCACCAUGGGGUUCCCAAAGGCCAUAUUUUGUUACUGGGUUACGUCAAAUUUGUUUUCACUUGUGUAUGGACUUGUGCUUAAAGUUCCUGGCAUAAAGAAAACUUUAGGUAUUCCUGAAAUAGUUGCUGCAAAACCUACCACUGCUCCAGAACCACAAUCUCCCUUUAAUGUAUUUCCAGCACUAAAAAAAUCCACAGCAGAAGCAACUGAGCCAAGCUCAUCACCAGUUGAACCAUCAAAACAUUCAAACAAAAAGAUUUCUUCUUCUGCUGUUCUCAGCCAAAGGCUCAAAAGUUUAGAGAAACAAGUGAAAGGAAGAAAGAAAAACCUCAAGAGGUGAGCCAAUACACGUGUUCCUUAAUUCGGCUCAAAUUGAUGCCGUAAAUGUGCCGAGAUUUAUUUAUAUUUGGUUAUCAUUAUAAUGAUAUAGAAUUAGUCAUUUAUUCAACUUAAGAGAGGCCAGAGGGAUAUAUUUUUUUGUGGCUAAUAAAUUUUGCUGAGGAGGUUCAAACUUUUGUUUAACGUGUAAUCUUACCUUAGAUUCGAGUGUAAUCUUGAUUAUCUUAUUUAAAACUCGGUCUUCACAAAAGGGAGACUUAACAAGGAUCUUUCAUAUUUGAUUAGAUAGUAUAUUAGUUUCCCAUUUGUGGCCA